AUGGAGAUGAUAAUGGAUGUGCCUGAAGAUGAAUGGUUUGAUGUAAUUGAAGAUGGAGGGCUGGAUAAAGCGGAGGAAAACGAAUAUUUCGAUGUGGCUGGGCUCACUGAGGUCGUGAAACGAGGAAGCUGUGGUGAGUGGCGCAAGCAGCUAUGGCAUUUGCGUCGGAAUGAUGAGGGCUUUCUGAUUCUUCAGGCAAAGGAACUGAAAGGCGAAAAGCCGCCAAUGGUCCUGAAUUGA